GCAUUGUAGACAUAGAUCUGGCGCAAUUUUCAACUACAGAUAAUGUAACGGGCAACAGAAAGUAAACAUACUAGAAGAAGAGGAACAAGCUUUGCGCAAGCUAGACCUGCAGGACAAUGAGUAAACCCAUUUUGUAAUUAACUUCCCCUUUUGUACUCGAACCGCGUAAUUCAAUUUUGAAAUAUAUCUGUUGUGCCAGUGCGCCGUGUGCUUACUUCAGUGGCAUUUAUCGGUUCUGAUUGUUGUGUUGCGUUUCAGACUGCUCCUGCUUGCCGGUAAACGCUGAUAGUACGUGCUACAAUACCUUUGCGUGAUGAAUGAAUCUAUCUGUUCUGUCUUUCGUGACAAACUGAAGCGUUUAUUUCACUGGGGUCCAAUCUCUACAAUCUGGAUUAUAUUUUUUAUUACACUCACGAGUUUAUACAAUACUUUACAUGUCGCCCCUCCCUGUUCAUCACUUCUUGGUCUGUUUCUUUCUACGUGCAUAUUUAGUUUCUUUUAUAUGACUCUGAAGUCUUACCUUUGUGCUGUAUUUGUUGGCCCAGGAUUUGUCCCUCUUGGUUGGAGGCCGUGUGACCCUUCAGCUGAACAGAAGCUUCAGUUUUGUAAUGUUUGUAGAGGUUUUAAGCCUCCACGAGCCCAUCAUUGUCGAGCUUGCAACCGGUGCAUAAUGAAAAUGGACCAUCAUUGUCCCUGGAUAAAUACAUGUUGCGGCCAUCUUAACCAUAAAUACUUUCUUAUGUUUUUGUUGUUUGCUCCAUUCGGAUGCAUUAUCUCUUGUAUAUCACUAUCACUUUCUGUAUAUCAAAGUCCAGCAAUCUUUCCUAGUUUACUUUUGCGAAGAUUUCAAUCAAGCGUUUUGUUCGUCAUAGCUGAUCUAAUGAUAACAUUAUUUGCUUUGGGUUUAGCUGUGGGUGUUGCACUGUCUGUUGGGAUUUUAGCAAUUUUCCAGUUGAAAGCUGUUGCAAGGAAUCAGACGGGAAUAGAAUCAUGGAUCGUAGCGAAAGCAAACGUUUGGCGAAAGGAUAUAGGGGAAAAAAAACCAUUUCGCUAUCCAUAUGACCUUGGAAAGCUCGUAAAUUUUCAGCAGAUUUUUUUGUGGUCUGGUAAAGUCUUAGGAGAUGGAUACUACUGGCCUGUUGUGAAAGGCUGCACUCAGUAUGAUUUGACAUUGGAACAGAUCUAUCAGAAAAGGUUGAAGCAAAAAAUUCAGCGCACAUUCAGAAUUACCCAAAAUUAUGAUGGAAGUCGGUGUUUGUGUUUUCGUUAUGGAUGUCUAACUGCGAUACGUUCCCCAUGUUUUGAAGAACCCAGAAUACCUGUACGUGUCGGUGAUGCUCUUAUGGUGACAAGAGGAACAAAGUACUGGAUUUAUGGUCGUUUGGUCCCAUCUGAAAGUUGUUUUGAUGAUUUUUCAGAUUCUGUCAAAAUUUGUGGAUGGGUUCCUCGCGUUUGUGCUUUUGAAGUCGAUUUCAAGCACAAAAACAAUAAGUUCUCGCUUAAGAAUGACUAGGCAGUCACAUUCCAUAGUUCAGAGGACGAUCAGUGUUCUAUUUUGUAGAUUACUACAGUGUUUGUACUAAUUAUUAUUACUUUACUCACUUUUGUAAUUCCUUUUCUUGUUCUAUUCUUUCAUCCUAUUUUCCUAUUUACUUUCUCUUAUUUAAAAGAUUGAAUGGGAUGAAAUUAUCCUAAUAAUACGAACUGAACACUUCAGUCAAAGAUUUGUCUAGAUGUACUUUUUAUUCUCAUUCUCACCACCAAUCUUAUAAAGUGAGUCAGUUGUUAGAGGAUAUGCAACAAACGUUAUUAGAAGGAGAAUAAUGUGGUUAACCUACUCGCUGUCGUAAUGUAACUUGAAUUAGAUUCUGCUAGCCAUUUUUUGAAAUGUUAUGCCCAAUUUUCGUGACAUGUAAAUAACCAAGACUAAAUAUUCAUAUAUUUAGGAACGUACUUGUAUUUUAUUAGUUGGUGUUUGUUUAACACAAGCUUUUCAUAUAGAUUGGUAAUACAGUUACUUCAUUUUGGAUUGGUCAUCAUCUUUCUCUCUGAAAAUAACUUAUUGGGUCCCUUGGACUUCGUUUUUCGGGCACUUGAGUCUGCAUAUCUAUUGGUCGGUCCGGUUUCUACAAGCUAUGCAGUAGUUCAGCUAAGGGAAUAGUGCAGUUAAAUUACAUUCCGAAUUGUUUUUUUUGCUGUCAUCAAUCUCAUAUUGUAUCACUAAGACUGUCUGCUACUGAUUAACAGUCUACUAGCUUUAAGCUUCAACUCUCAGGUUUGAUUUUAUUUGUGACUAUCUUAUCCAGGCUUUGCGUCGUUCCAAAGCAUAUGAAUAACAGCUCUGGAGACUAUAAUCAUUUAAGGAGUAGGAUCUUUUACCUUAGUAAAAAUACACUUCCUGAAUUCAGUCUACCUUAUCUAUGAUUUCAAAUAUGUGACUUUCAGUAGGUUAAGCCAACCAAAGUUCGUGCAUCUAACCUCUCGUCUCAAGAAAGUGUAGAUUCUUUCCUUAAAAAUAAAAUGGAUUUUCCCAAAACGUCCCUAGAAGUGACUUUGGCGUAAGCGAAUACGAAUCUCUACACCGAGAGACAGUCUACGGAAGCUUAUAAUGAUUAGGAUGUAUCAAUUUUUUGAGGUCCUCUCCCAAAUUCAUAGUUCAUCCAUGAAUAAUGGUACUACGGUCUCAUAGCUUAGCUAAUUCAUUAAUCGCACCAGAUCGACACAACUUUAAGACAUCGUUAAGACCCACUUUACUACGUUUCAAUUUCUGGGUAGAAUUAUUGGAUAUGUGAGGCAGUCAGUCAUACACUGGGAUAAAUGUACGGCUAGGUAUCUGUUAUAUGUUGGACCGCUGAUUAGAGGGCAGUGAAUUGUUGAUCGGACCAAGAACGCGUAAAACACGUGCAGCUGCCUAUAGUUCUGAUAGGUCCCGCCUAGCCCAACCAGUUAAGUUCAGAAUGCCAUUCUCAGCCUCUGCAAUAUGAAUCAUUGUAUUCCAGACAUACUGAGUUUAUGUACCAAUCAAACAGACCACAACGUACUAAAUGUGGGAGACAGUGACUAAUAGACUGCAUAAUUCAAGAGUGGUAAAACGUAUAAUAAUGGUUCAUGGGUCAAAAUAAAGCUAUUAAUAAGAGUAACAUGAUUAGUUUAAUUAUCUAACAAUUAUAACAAAAAUAUACGUUUAGUAUUGGUCCAUAAACAGAUCCAAAAUUUACCAUUUAUUAGUUUCGUCGGGACAUAGUAUUUGUCCUUCAAAGGUCAAUAAGUUCAUUUGUGGUUUCAUCUUAAGCUCCAAAGUCCUCUGGGGUGUGGCACACUAGUGGGUUCAAAAGAGAUGUACCUCCCGACUUAAAAUUAGGAUUGGCGGAUAUUAAACUAAGUGACCGGUUUGUGGGAAGAUUAUAAUGUUUGAGCUAUUAGACUAAUUUGUAGUCUCCAUUUAACAACGAUAAUAUCCUAUUGUCGGGCUACUCCUGCUCUUAUUAUUUAUCGGCGAUUUAGUAACUGGUGCGCUUGUAUAUAGUUCGACAAUCUUUUAAGUGAGAUAGCGCCCCUUCAAGUAUUAGGACAUUUCGAGUAGCUUUAAACAAAUCAAACAUUUGGAUUUGUAUAUUAUUAUAGUUGUGAGUAUUCACAAUAAUGCGCUAGCUAAGAAUUUCCGAAAUGGUGCUAUUCAAGGCAGGUAGAACUAGGUGAGUACAACUUGACGCAAGGCAAUACUUCAGGGGUAUCGUCCACCGAUGGAGGUUGCGAGCACUUGAAGGUCAAGCUCACGAGAUGAUCGGUGCAUCACACCCGCAAUUGGUGAAGUAUUUCAGAAACGGUUAAAUUUAGAUUUGAAUUGAGUUCAGCCAUACCUUCAGGUCGAAAUAUUGUCAUUGUCAAUCUGUAUUUUGGGUCCAUACAGUAAAUGGUGAGCUAAAAACCGCCUAUUAAGACCGUUCACAACCAUCCUUGCACAGAAGGAUAUAUUUCUGUCGAUCCAUCGAGAUGGCAGUGGACGUCGAAUGGACUCUUAUAUUUAAGAACGUUUUCAUUGAGUGAUACGCCAACUCGUAGCCUACGGCAUCUGGUUUCUUGGACGUUCUAUAAACAGCUUACCAAGGUUGAUAACUCCAAACUGCGUUCACAGUUGUAC